AUUUAAGCACCUUAUUUAGUUACAAGAAGUGAACAGCAGAGCUAAACCUGUCUGUGCAGCCGUAUAUAAGGACCCCACUCACACUCUGGACCCUGUGGAGAAAACCUUCUCUGACAUCCUCAUCUCUGCUGUUCUUCUCUCUGCACCUGCACACACUCAGCAUGGAGUUCUCCAAGACGGCCCUGCUGAUGGUCCUCCUGGCCUACGUGGAGCGCUGCUGGGCUGCCUCCUGCGUGGUGGACAGCUUCACCGUCAAACAGGACUUCGACCCCAAGAGGUAUGCUGGGAAGUGGUAUGCCCUUCAGAAGAAGGAUCCAGAAGGUCUGUUCCUGCAGGACAACAUCUCCGCCGAGUACACCAUUGACGACGACGGCACCAUGACCGCCUCCUCCAAGGGACGUGUCACCCUCUUUGGGUUCUGGGUUGUGUGUGCUGACAUGGCUGCCCAGUACUCCGUCCCUGACCCCUCCAAUCCCGGCAAGAUGUUUAUGAACUACCAGGGCCUGGCCAGCUACCUGUCCAGCGGAGGUGACAACUACUGGGUGAUCGACACCGACUACGACAACUACGCCAUCACCUACGCCUGCCGCACCGUGAAGGACGACGGCAGCUGUGAGGACGGCUAUGCCCUGAUCUUCUCCAGGAACCCUCGAGGCCUGGCCCCUGCCAUCCAGCGCCUAAUCAGGCAGAAGCAGGAGGAGAUCUGCAUGGUGGGGCAGUUCCAGCCUGUGCUGCAGUCUGGAGCCUGCUAGACUAGGGGAGCGUUUGAUUAGCAGAGCCUGGGCAGCCCUGAGCCCUGUUAUGGGUGGAGCCUGGGCAAGUCGGACAGUGCUGUGGAGAUGCUGAUAGAUGGUGGUGGGAGGGGUUAAGGGGGGGGCCAGGGGAGGCCCGACAAUAAUCCCCCACCCCCACCACUCACCUCGUUUCAAGUGAACCGUAUCAAGUGUCAAGUGUGUGAAAAUAAACGUGUUCUUUUGUAAACAAA